GGCUUUAGGUCCGAUCCAGAGAAAAGAACAUUACAUUAAAUCUCAUCUGAUUCUCCUUCGUCUCAAAGCAGUCCUCCACUCCUCUGAACCCAGACAAACUUUAGCCUUCCGACGACGCCGACGCCGACUACGACUGCUGUAAUCUAAGGGGUUCAGCAGCUAAUAGAUAUUCAAAUGGAAGCCAAAUUUUUUCGAUUUCUUAAGAUUGUGGGUGUGGGAUACAAGGCCCGAGCGGAAGCCGAAGGACGCAUGUUGUAUCUGAAAUUGGGUUACAGUCAUGAGGUAGAAUUGACCGUUCCUCCUGCGGUUCGUGUUUUCUGCUUCAAGAACAACGUAGUGUGCUGCACCGGAAUUGAUAAAGAUAGGGUGCACCAGUUUGCUGCUGCUGUUCGUAGUUGUAAGCCACCUGAAGUCUACAAGGGCAAGGGUAUAAUGUACGUCGAUGAAGUUAUCAAGAAAAAGCAAGGAAAGAAAUCUAAGUGAUUGGAUGUCUCAAAGCUUAUCUGUGGCUGGAAAUUGGUAAUCUUCUUUUUUUCUUGUUGGUUGUAAUCAGAAGAUUCUAAUAGGUUGGUAAUCUUCUUUUUUGAGCUGGGAUUUACAUUUGAGGAUUAUAUUGUGUUUAUCCUUGCAGCUUUUUUUAGUGAUCGAAAACAAGUGUUAUGAUUCUUGCUUUAGCGUUUUAUUUUACGGGCUCACAUACAUUGAAUGUUUCAUUUUCUUAUCAAAUGGAUAAGUAGAACUUAUUA